GCUCCAUCCAGCAUCCUUCGAGCAAGCAUCCUUCAAAGUCAUUUACACUCCUUUGUUUUGUUUAAAUUUCCGUGCGUUUCUUCUCCAAGCAGUCAACUUCCAAGACAGUUGACAAGUGCUACAACUGCGCGCAACGACCUGGGCGCGUUCGCGAUUACCUCCGUUAGCUCCGCGUCUUCCCCUGGCCAUCGAGCAGCCCUGCAAUGCCCGUCAACACCAUUUCUGUGGGCGCAGCUGUCACGCCCACAGUUAUCCAGACUUACCUCCUGCACUACUGGAACAGGCGACCGCUGCAUCAGAAGCCAACAGCACACAUCUCGUACCAUGAAGGCCUCGAGCUCAUCCGUCGCUUCCUCCAUUACGCGUCCUUGCACACUGUCGACGAGUUACAGGCAUUCACAUCGCAAUGGGUGCCAGUGCCGCGCUGGGUGCACGUGAAGGAGAUCGAGAUAACAAAUGACCAACUAUCGCGCUCAGCCGAGUACAUCAACGCGCAGCUAGGGCCAGAGGGCAGAAAGGCCGUCGGGGGAGAGACCUGGUGGCAGUGGAGACGAGAGGGAACGAAACUGAAGGCUGAGUGGAUUGAGAUGCGCAAGGACUAUGAUGCGAGGAAGCAGUUGAACAUUGACAAGGGGGAUCGCAUCAUGCUGUAUGUGCAUGGCGGCGCAUACUUCUUUGGCAGCGUGGAUGAGCAUCGCUAUCAGAUGCAACGACAUGCACGGAAGCUUAAAGCUCGGGUGCUUGCACCCAAAUACAGGCUUGCGCCCCAAUUUCCAUUCCCGUGUGGCCUGCAGGACUGUCUGUCGGCAUACCUGUACCUCCUCGAAGAGAAGCACGACCCCUCUACGAUCAUCCUUGCUGGCGAUUCCGCAGGCGGCGGUAUGGUUUUGAGCAUUCUUGUGACAUUGCGAGACCAGGGGAUACCUCUGCCUGCAGGAGCUAUUCUAAUUAGUCCUUGGGUGGACCUUACGCACAGCUUUCCAAGUCUUACUGGUGAUGACAAGAUGGAUUACAUACCGUCGCAUGGCUUUGUUCACAAGCCGAGCAUGAGUUGGCCUCCGCCAAACGCAGACGAUAUGCUUGCGUUCGAACGCCCCUCUGCUUCUGGGGCCCUAAAUCAGAACGAGAAGAGGCCAUCGCGACCAUCAACAUCGAAAGGCAACAAAGUGGAACGGGAAGCGCAAAAGGAAGCGAAAGCCGAACGUGUGCGAGGCUACUCCGUCCGCUCUGGAGACCAGCCGGAUGUGAGGAAUCCGUUGGACCCUUCUGCAAAAGGUCAAGGGGACACGUGGGUGUCCGAGGAUGGCAAGUAUAGCAUCGGCCCGAACAGUACGCUCUGUGUACAGCUCGACAAUGACAUGCGAGUCGAGAUCAAAGACCAAAUCCAGAUGUACGCGGCGAACCAUCUCUUGACGCACCCGUUGGUGUCGCCUGCUCUACAACCUACGCUAGGAGGACUGCCGCCACUGCUCAUACAGACGGGUGGCGGUGAGUUGCUGCGAGACGAACAAAUCUACGUUGCGCACAAGGCCGCACAACCAUUAGCGUACUUGCCGCCUCCGUCAAACAAUCAGACUGCGGAAAGCAUCCAAGCUCAAGCAGCGAAAUACAGACCAACCAGUGUUCAGCUUCAGGUUUGGGAUGAUCUGUGCCAUGUGUGUCCGACACUCAGCUUCACGCGACCAGCGAAGCACAUGUAUCGCAGCAUCGCUCAAUUCGGCGCCUGGGCGCUUGCGCGAGCUCAAAAGAAAUCUAUUGACAUUCUCGACGACGAUGACAUUUCCUUUGUUAGCAGCGAUUCGAGCAGCGACUCCGACUCCGACAAACCUGACUCUAAUUCGUCGCUCGAGGCAGGGAAAAAGUCAGAGGCACAAGAGUCAGAUAAACUUGGCUCUAGUUCGUCUCUCGAGGACGCAAAAGCACCAAAGACUCCAAAAGCUCGCACCACUAAACCAGGCAAACAUAGAGAGGUCAAGGUCGGCAGGGCUGGUGACCCUCUUCCUCCAUUCGAGCACUACAUGAUUCGCCAACGCAUCGAUCGACACGGAAGCAUAUACCCACUUUCUGCUAAGGAGGAACUCGUAGCUCUUAAUCUCCCAAGUGCUGAGGUUGGCGUUCCGAAGACCGGACCAGUAGGCAAGUGGAUGAAGGCACAGCAGCAAUGGAACAGCAAAUUUGCGAACCAGAAAAUUAAGAUCCAGAAACAGAGGAUUAAAGAUAUGGAAAAAGGCUUCGAAGGUUUUGAUGGCGAAACACCGCCCCCUACUGCGCUUGCUGGAAGGCGAGUCAAGGGUAUGAAGGCUGAAAAGGCGAAGAAGAGGAGUUGGGGUAUGUCGAUGUGGAGUGGAUGGGGAAGCAAGCAUGACAGAGCGACAAUCGGACGCGAGGAAAAGGCAGAUAAUACUCAGGAUCAAACACCACUCCCGAAAACAAGCCAGGAGGCCAACCAACUCACGACAGAUAGUGUAGCAGAAAGUGAAUCACAAGCUAAAGUUAAGCAAAGUCAGGCUUCCGGACUUGCUGCCCAAAAGAUACGCCGCCCGCGAUCGCAUUCACGACACUCUGCUGUAACCGAUAAAGGGCAGAUUGGAAAGUCAACAAACGACUUGACUAAGAUCGCACCCCAGGUUCCAGGCCUAACAUCCGAGCGCCGAGCUUCUCCCCUCCCCUCACCAACAAACGAAAUCAGUAACCCGAUCCUUCCUCUUCCAGGCAUUGUAGUUUCUGAUAACCCGCAAUCACCAAACACACUCAUACCGGCCACGGACACGCUGACUACGAGACCAACGAAGGGUGGUGUCGCAUAUCCGUUUAGUCUGAAGGUUGAUGGGCCGGAGGGCAAGGAUGUCAAUGCAAGCACGCUUACACUUCAAAGUGUGAAUAUUGCAACUCCGCCGCCCGUGGAGGAAUCCCAGCAGGACAAGGAACUCGGUGCUCCUGAACUAGCUGCACAUUCAGUAAACGAGCAGGUGAUGAAGGACAGACCCGCUGUUGAACGUAGUCGUACACAGGAAGAGAAGGUUGUGGAUCGGGAGACAGCAGAGAGACCUCCUGUUGAGAGGUUUGAGACAGCGCAUGAGGACCUGAACACGAUUGCUAGAUCUAACUUUUCCUCUGCACUACUCGAAAUGUCUGUGUUCCGCCCCUCAGCCCGCGCCCUCAUAACAGGCGGGGCAUCCGGUGUCGGCUACGCGGUUGCACAACUAUGCCUCAAGCACUCGAUGAAAGUCACAAUCGUGGAUUACAAUCAAACCACGCUUGACUUUGCAAAGAAGAGUUUGACAGGAGAUGUGCAGUUUGUGAAAGCGGAUGUAGGAGACAAUGAGGAGUGGAAGCGAAUCAGAAAAGAGGUGGGGGAUGUCGAUUUCCUGAUGCUUAAUGCUGGGGUUAUGGUUAAGGGGAGUUGGGGAGAUGAGGGGUGGGCUGAGAAGAUUCUCCACGCCAACCUUUAUGGCGUGAUCAAUGGCUUAAAUGCCUAUGUGCCGUCUUUCCAAUCUCGGUCAUCCAGCGAGCCUGCUGCAAUCGUCGUGACAGGCAGUAAGCAGGGUAUCACGAACCCACCUGGCAACGCGGCGUACAAUGCUAGUAAAGCCGCCGUGAAAUCUCUCACCGAGCAUUUGAGCUACGAUCUACGCGAUACGAACGUAGGCGUGCAUCUACUGGUCCCUGGCUGGACGUUCACCGGUUUGGUGGGCAAUGUUCCUGGUUCAGAGAAGCCAAAGCCUGAUGGCGCAUGGUCCCCCGAUCAAGUCGCAGAGUACAUGUACAAAAAGAUGCAGAAUAAUAAGUUCUACAUCAUCUGUCCAGACAAUGAUGUUAGUGAGGAAACGGAUAAGAAGCGCAUGUUGUGGACUGUGGGCGAUAUUGUGAAUGAAAGGCCGCCAUUGACGAGGUGGAGGCCUGAGUUCAAAGAGGAGGCCGAGGAGUGGAUGGGGAAUUGUAAGGUUUAGGGUGGGGGAGACAGAGCAUUGAGCGGAGGGGAGAUGCAGUUGGACGCAUCUUUGCUUCGGUUUUUUUUUUCUAGGUGGAAAUCGC